AUGGGGAAUAACGGGCAAAAGAGAUAUGUGAGAAACGUAUACGAAGAGAGCGAGACAAGUGCAGAAGAGGAAGAAAAUGAAGAUCACGAGUCGCAAUUUUUCGUGGGCGGAAUACAUGUUGAAACUGUCAGGAACAAAAACUUAACAACAAAAACGAAUGUGAUAGGAGUGAGUAAAAUUGUUAGCAGUGGCAGAACUGGUGCGGUGAAAGACUGGAACAUUGAGGUGGAGAUACACAACGCGAAGCUGAAGUGUCAAAUAGACACGGGGGCCCAGGCGAACUUACUAUCGAUCGAAAACUUUAAUAAAUUAAAUAUCGGUAAGCUAGAAAGUAAGAUAUGUCAUAAUAUUUUAACAUUCAGCGGGGAAAGAUUGCCUCUACUAGGAAAAGUCAAUGUAAAAUUGUUGUAUAAAAAAGUAACUUAUUCUGCUGAAUUUUAUGUCCUUAAUAUGAAAUGUAAAAAUGUGAUCGGUCUUGAAUUGGCUAUUAAAAUGAAUUUGGUAAAAAUGGUGACUACAAUAAGCUGUGAAUCAAAAGGCUGCGAGAGCCUGUUACAAAAAUAUGAAGAAGUUUUUAAAGGAUUAGGGCAGUUGGAAAGUGAGUGUCAUUUGAAAUUAAAGGAAAACUAUCAACCAGUAGUAGAUGCACCACGCAGAGUUCCAUUUGGACUUUUUGAGCCACUAAAAAGGGAACUGUCCAGUAUGAUGAAGUUAAAGGUUAUAGAGCCAGUUAGUGAACCGACCGAAUGGGUCAACUCAAUAGUUUUAGUGGCUAAGCCCAACGGAGAUUUACGUGUGUGUUUGGACCCUAAAAAUUUAAACAAGGCUAUAGUCAGACCAAGAUUUUCCUUUCCGAACAUCGAUGAAUGUAAGUCGCAAAUGGCAGGUUCUAAAAUAUUCAGCACAUUAGAUGCUAACUCAGGUUUCUGGAUGAUACCAUUAGAUAUAGAAUCAUCAAAGUUAUGUACAUUUAACACGCCUUUUGGGCGUUACCGAUUUCUGAGAUUACCGUUUGGUAUCAAUGCAGCGCCGGAAAUUUUUCAUUCAGAAAUGAUUAGACUAUUCGGCCACAUUAAGGGUCUAAUAAUAUAUAUGGAUGAUUUUUUGAUCCAUGCUCCGAACGUUCAAAAACAUAAUGCCAUUUUAGAGUCAGUUUUGGAAAGGGCACAAAGUGUUGGGCUAAGGUUCAAUAAAUCAAAAUCGAAAUUUUUAAAGAAGGAAGUCAAAUUCGUUGGACACAUAUUUAGUGAAAAAGGCGUUAAGCCAGAUGAAGAGAAAAUUAAAUCUAUAGUUGAGAUGCCGGUACCAAAAAAUGUAAAAGAAUUACAGCGCUUUUUGGGAAUGAUUAACUACUUGGGUUGUUUUAUUGAUAGUCUGUCAGCAAAAACGAAAUAUUUACGAGACCUUUUAAAGAAUGAUGUAGUAUGGCAUUGGGACAAUAAACAAGAGGAAGAAUUUCAAAAUUUACUUAAAGAAAUUACAAAUGUACCGGUUUUGACCUACUUCAAUCCUAAAAAACAAUUAGUCAUGUCAGUCGAUGCAUCCAAAUAUGCUGUUGGAGCAGUCAUUAUGCAUGACAGGAACCCUGUUGCCUAUGCAUCUGCUUCACUAACUGAAACACAAACAAAUUAUGCCCAGAUCGAAAAAGAGCUCUUUGCUAUCCUAUACGGAUGUACACGCUUCCAUCAGUAUGUUUAUGGACGUCAUGUCCUUGUAGAAACGGACCAUAAGCCGUUGGUUACACUUGUCAACAAACCUUUGUAUAAGAUUCCCGCGCGACUGCAAAGAUUCAUGCUCAGAUUAUUAGCGUACAACAUUACUGUCGUUUACAAGCCCGGAAAGGACUUGUUUAUUGCCGACACGUUAUCCAGAGCGCCACUUAAAGAUUAUGCACUGACGGAAGUGGACAAAGAUAUUGAUAUUCACUGUAAUUUAAUUAUUUCGCAAAUUGCUUUGCCAAGUAGUCACUUAGAUGAGUUUAGAGAGGCAGCAAAAACAGAUACAAUUUUUCAAAAACUCUUGUAUUUUACGAAGAAUGGAUGGCCCGCAAAUAAAAAGCGAAUUGAUAAAGAAUUGAUGCCUUAUUAUCAAGUUAAAGAUGAGCUUGUUGAGAUAGAUGGGCUAUUGCUAAAAAAUAACAGAGUUGUUGUACCAAAAAAUCUUAGACCAAAAAUUUUGUAUUACUUACAUGAGGGACAUAUGGGUAUACAGAGAUGCCAGAAUUUGGCUAGAAACUCUGUGUACUGGCCUAAUAUCAAUAAUGACCUCCACAAUGUAGUCUCCAGUUGCGAAAUUUGUCUAAAAUUUCGUAAAUCUAAUCCUAAACAAAAGUUGUUGUGCCAUGAAAUGGUCAACAUUCCUUGGUACAAGCUGGGUGCUGACUUGUUCGAAUUUGAUAAAAAGACUUACUUGUUAGUUGUUGACUACUACUCAAAGUUCAUUGAAUGUGAAAUUUUAAGUACGGGGUAUUCCAGCACCCAGGUUAUAAUGAAACUCAAGUCAAUUUUUGCCAGACAGGGAAUACCGGCUGUGUUCAUAACGGAUAAUGGCCCGCCUUUCAGUUCAAAAGACUUUGCACAGUUUUGCGCAGAUUGGUGUAUUGAACACAUUACUUCCAGUCCUUAUAUGCCAAGAUCAAAUGGUUUAGCAGAAAGAUCUGUUCAGACAAUCAAAACAAUGUUGUACAAAUGCAAAGAAAAAGGAACAGACCCAUAUACUGCGCUUCUGCAUUAUAGAACAACACCCAAAGACGAUCUCUCAAGUCCAUCCGAGUUACUGAUGUCGAGAAAGCUGAGAACCAAAUUGCCAUCACAACAAGAAAAUUUAAAAUCAAAAUUAGUUGAUGUUAAUGAGUAUAGACGACAAAUAAACAAACAAAAGAUUAAAAUGUCACAAAAUUAUAAUACGUCCGCAAAAAAUUUGAAACCAGUAAAUCCGGGAGAGAAAAUUUAUUUUAAGAAAACACCAACAUCAGUUUGGUGCCCGGGUACAAUAAUAAAAGAUUUAAAGGAGCCAAGGUCAUUCAUGGUUCAAGACCCUGAGGGUGUGGUCUACAGAAGAAACUGA